AUGGCUACUUCCAGCUGGGAUAAGUUUAUCCUGCUGCUCUGGAAGAACUGGAUCAUCCAAAAGCGGCACUAUGUGCAGACAUUGUUCGAAAUUUUGAUCCCUGCAAUUGCUUGUGCGGUGCUGAUAGUAGUCCGCGGUCUCGUGGAUGCUGACGUAUACGAUGAGCCUACUACGUGGAACCCACUGGAAAUAAACACCAUCCGACAUAUGCUGCCAGAGAACAACCCAAAUAUUACUCCGCCAAUAACGUUCAUGCUGGCGUACAGUCCUCAAUCACCGUUAACAGAUCGUAUCAUGCAAAGAGCCGUGGAACACAUUCUGGAGCCGAUCGACAUAGCGGGUUUCGAAAACGCACAACGAAUGGAAGACUUUUUCCGCCUGAAUUAUUCCUUAGCUGGCGUUGAGUUUCCGGAAAGUUACAGUAACACAGACGUGCUACCGAACAACGUUACAAUUGCGCUGCGAUUUCCUGGCGAAAUGCGAACGCUCCAGGACGACUUUACGGCUUUCUGGGCGAACUGGGCGACGGAGCUGAUGUUCCCUGCGUUCCAGAUUGCAGGCGCUCGAGAGCGUGAGCGAGAAGACGGAGGUUACCCGGCAAAUUAUUACAACGAGUCCUUUAUAACGGUGCAAAGUGCUAUCUCCAGAGCGAUCAUUCAAGAGCGUGAUCCUUCGUUUGCAUUGCCUGAUAUAUACUUAAAUCGAUUUCCCUACCCGCCGUACUACAGCGAUCCGCUUCUAACUGGAUUUGAAAACCUGCUCCCGUUGAUCGUGGUGAUCGCGUUCUUCUACACCGCGAUCAACACCGUAAAGUAUAUUACCGUGGAGAAAGAGAAGCAAUUAAAGGAGGCGAUGAAGAUUAUGGGCUUACCAAGCUGGCUGCACUGGUCGGCUUGGUUUGUGAAGUGUUUGCUGCUGCUGAUCGUAUCUAUCUCGUUGAUCGUGGUACUACUGUGCGUCAACCUAACCACCAAUACCGAAUUGGCGAUCUUCGAGUACGCUCAGUGGACGAUUGUUUGGUUUUACCUGUUCGUGUUUAGCAUCACAACCAUUUGCUUCUGCUUUAUGGUGAGCACGUUCUUCUCCAAGGCAAACAUUGCCGCUGGCAUUGCCGGUCUGCUGUGGUUUAUUCUGAUCGUCCCUUACAACAUUGCGUUUUCUAACUACGACGAUAUGACCGCCGGGGCUAAGCUAGCCAUCUGUCUUUUCUCAAACUCCGCCAUGUCGUUCGGGUUUAUGCUAAUGAUGCGGCACGAGGGCACUGCGACGGGGCUGCAAUGGUCCAACCUGUUCGAUCCGGUCUCCGUGGAUGAUGAUUUUUCCGUCGGUGAUACCAUGAUUAUGCUGUUGGUAGACGCCUUCAUCUACUUGAUGAUAGCAUUGUACGUGGAAAAGGUCUUCCCGGGAGAUUUUGGUAUUGCCGAGCCGUGGUAUUUCCUGUAUACAAAGAAGUUUUGGUGUAAAGAUUCACAACAAAAGCCCGAGGUAAUUCCGGUGGGAUUUAAUUUUAAAGACCCACCGAACAUCGAACGCGAGCCAGAAAACAAAUACGCCGGAAUUAAAAUACGCAAGCUGCGCAAGGAGUUUAAGAAAAACAAAGUAGCUGUUCAGGGUCUGGACUUAAAUAUGUACGAAGACCAGAUCACGGUUCUGCUCGGCCACAAUGGUGCAGGCAAGACUACGACCAUGUCCAUGCUUACUGGCAUGUUUUCGCCCUCAUCAGGCACAGCGCUGGUGAAUGGGUACGACAUAAGGAACAACAUUGACGCCGUGCGUAGUUCGCUGGGACUGUGUCCACAACACAAUGUGCUGUUUAAUGAGAUGACCGUCGCAGAGCACAUUGAGUUUUUCGCUCGGCUGAAGGGUGUGCCAAAGAACAAAAUCAAGGAUGAAAUUCUCCACUACGUUCAGCUGCUUGAGCUGGAAGAUAAACUAAAUAAGCAAUCACACACCUUGUCGGGAGGCAUGAAGCGAAAGCUUUCGAUCGGCAUUGCCUUGUGUGGUGGAUCGAAGGUAGUGCUUUGUGACGAGCCUACUUCCGGUAUGGAUCCGUCUGCAAGACGUGCGCUGUGGGAUUUGCUGAUCAAAGAAAAGAAAGGUCGUACCAUUCUUCUUUCCACCCACUUCAUGGACGAAGCGGAUAUCUUGGGUGAUCGCAUAGCGAUCAUGGCCGAGGGUGAGCUGAAAGCCUGUGGAUCUUCCUUUUUCCUCAAGAAACGCUUCGGAGUCGGUUAUCGGUUGAUUUGUGUGAAGGGUCCGAAUUGCGAUCGAGCACAAUUGACGGGACUGCUACGGAAACAUAUUCCUAGCAUCAACAUCGACACCGAUAUUGGAUCUGAGCUGUCGUACGUUUUGAAUGAGAACUAUACGGCCGUGUUUCAGAAUCUACUGUGCGAUCUUGAAGACAACGUAGAACAGUGUGGAAUAACUAGCUACGGCAUUUCGUUGACCACACUAGAAGAAGUGUUUUUACGCGUUGGUAGUGAUUCGUAUGCGUUGGAUCAAAAAUCGGGAUCAAAAGAAAUUGAACAAGAUACCAACGGAUUAGCUUAUGCUUCCUCAGUCACGAUGAACCAGAUGAGUGAUACGGUACCUCUCCUAGGAGGUACCAGUUUGGUUUGGAACCAACUAUUCGCUAUGAUGCUGAAGAAAUUUAUCUCCACCAAACGAAGCUGGGUGCAGAUGCUAGUGCAAGCAUUGAUACCGAUCUAUUUCGUGAUCGUCACAGUCAUUAUUGUGAGAACUUUCCCCGGUCAGACGGAUCUACCGCCCAUUCCAAUCAAUGUGUACAACUAUACCGCAACAAGCACAGUUCUACAGGCUUCAGCCGCCAGUCCCUUCAUAGAUGGGUACCGAACAAUGUUUCAGUCUUUCCCAAACAAUCACCGACUGGAGGUGAUCGACAAGGAUAUAGUGGAACAUAUAUUAGAACUGUCCAACGAUAAUAUUGGCCUGGUUAAUCGAGAGUACAUGACAGCUGCGUCGAUCACCAACACAAAUCACACCGUUUGGUGGAACCCGACCGGAUUCCAUACUGCGCCUUUGGCGUUGAACUUCAUGUACAACGCGAUCAUCAAAUCGAUAAACUCAAAUUUCGAGAUCACGAUUAUCAACAAACCCUUGCCCUUUAAGGCUGAAACACGAUUCACCCAAUUGCAGGCCGGCAACAAUCUUGGUUUCCAGAUAUCGUUCAACACUGGUUUUGCGAUGUCAUUUAUUGCGGCGUUGUACAUCAUGUUCUACAUCAAGGAACGAACGAGCCGUGCGAAGUUACUGCAAUUUGUGAGUGGUAUCAAUGUGUUUACGUUCUGGGUCGUGUCGUUUAUUUGGGACUUCUUCACGUACGUCAUAACGGCUCUCAUCUAUAUAGCAACGUUGGCCGCCUUCCAGGAAGAGGGCUGGUCGUCCUUCGAAGAACUCGGACGUGUGUUUCUGGUGUUGAUCGUGUUCGGUAUCGCGUUCCUUCCCAUAUCCUAUCUCUUCUCGUUCUGGUUCGAAGUCCCGGCUACGGGUUUCGUAAAGAUGAUGAUACUAAACAUUUUUAGCGGAACGAUCUUCUUCACUGCCGUGUUCUUGCUCAAGUUCGACGGGUUCGAUCUCGAGGACGUCGCGAACGGACUCGAGUGGGCAUUCAUGAUAUUCCCGCUGUUCUCGCUCAGUCAAAGUCUCAGCAACAUCAACGUGCUAUCGACAACCGAGUCAGUUUGCAAUGAGCAAUGCACGGAGGAGACGGCAGCACUAUGCUCGAAGGAGUACAUUUGUAGCCUGCUGCCACAGUGUUGUGAUACGAACAUUUUCUCCUGGGAGACGACCGGCAUAAACAGGCAGCUCUUGUACAUGGGUAUGGUAGGCCUGAUCGGCUUUCUAGUGCUGAUGGGUAUCGAGUUUCGAGUUCUCGAGCGCAUCUUUAAGCGACAAAAGCGAUCAUCGAACAAGCCAGCUCUUGCUAACGAAGACUCUGCACUGGACGACGAUGUUUGGCAAGAGAAAAAGCGAGUCAAAAUGUUAUCCGAUGCGGAAUUGACCAACUCGAACCUAGUUGUGAGCGAUCUAACGAAGUAUUACGGAAAGUUUCUGGCGGUAAAUGAGCUCUCGGUGUCGGUGGAUGGAUCAGAGUGUUUUGGAUUGUUGGGCGUUAACGGCGCCGGAAAGACGUCCACGUUUAAGAUGCUCACAGGAGAUGAAAACAUCUCCGCCGGUGAGGCAUGGGUUAAGGGCAUCAGUCUCAAGAGUAACCUCAACCAGGUGCACAAAGUGAUCGGUUACUGUCCUCAGUUCGACGCGUUGCUGGAAGAUCUCACUGGUCGAGAAACGUUGAAAAUAUUUGCUCUAUUGCGGGGCAUUCCGAGCCACGAGAUCGGCUUCGAAACGUUACGGUUGGCCGAGGAGCUCAAUUUCAUGAAGCACAUCGAUAAACGCGUCAAGGAGUACAGUGGCGGAAACAAACGAAAACUUAGCACGGCCCUUGCGCUACUGGCGAAUCCUGCAGUUGUGUACCUAGACGAACCGACUACCGGUAUGGAUCCCGGAGCAAAGCGCCACCUGUGGAACGUCAUCAUUAACGUGAAGAAAGCCGGUAAAUCCAUCGUACUCACUUCGCACAGCAUGGAGGAAUGCGAAGCGCUCUGUACUCGGCUGGCCAUCAUGGUGAAUGGCGAGUUCAAGUGUCUUGGAUCCACGCAGCACUUGAAGAACAAGUUCUCGAAGGGAUACUUUUUGACAAUCAAGCUGAACCGCACGGGCGAUGGAACAACGGCCAAUGGCGAUUCCGUGAAGCAGUUUAUAGCGCACAACUUCUCCCAGGCGGUGCUCAAGGAGGAGUACCAUGACUCUCUAACCUAUCACAUCACGCAAUCUGAGCUGAAGUGGUCGUCAAUGUUCGGCCUGAUGGAGGACGCCAAAAAGACGCUUGACAUCGAAGAUUACGCGCUGGGACAGACAUCGUUGGAGCAGGUUUUCCUGUUCUUUACCAAAUACCAACGAGUAACUGACGAUAGCUAG